AUGGCGGGUGAGGGGGAGGAUUUCAUUGAGAUAGUGACCGAGGAGGCCGCGCCAGCCAGCCCCGAGGCGGCGGAGGCGGAGCCGGCGGUAGCAGCGGACCAGGCGGCACUGCCUGAAGGGGUGCAGGAGUAUCCUGAAGAGGUGCAGGAGUAUCCGGCUGAGGCGCCGGGUGAGGCGCCGGCUGAGGCGCCGGGUGCGGCAGGCGAGCCAGAAGCCAUGGAGGGCGGCGAGGAGGCAGCAGAGGAGGCGGCAGAGGAGGCUGGAGAGCCGGCAGCAGAGGAGGCUGGCGAGGGGGCUGGCCAGGAGUCGGGCGCGGGCGCCGUGCAGGAGCCUGCAGCUGCAGCAGGCCAGGCAGGCGAGGAGGCAGCAGCCCAGGCUGGCGAGGAGGCAGCAGUCGAGGCAGGCGAAUUGCCAGACACAGGGGCAGCAGAGGGCAGCCAGGCGGCGGCGCCCAACGGCGCGCCGGCAGCGGCGGGCGAGGGCCCGCCGGACGCUGAGGCGGGUGCGGCGCCCGCCGCCGCGGCGUCGCCCAAGCCCGCCGUCAGCGCCGGCCAGCGCAACUUGGAUGCGCUGCAUCAGGAGCUGCUGGCGUUUGCUGAGGAGGCCGCCCUGACGCCUGGCGAGCGCAAGCGGCGGGAGGCGGCGCUGCAGGCGGUGAAGGAGGCUGUGGAUGCAGCCUUCCCCACCGCUACGCGCCGCAAGGUGCAGGCCUUUGGCAGCUUUGUGCACGGCGUGUCGCUGCCGGGGGCAGACCUAGAUGUUGUGGCGACCGGGUUGAUGACUCCCAUCGCCCGCGGAGGAGGGUUUACCAUCGAGCAGCGCGAGCUGUUGGCACCCAUGCUGAAGCUGGUCAGCGCCAAGCUGCAGGCGGGCAAGGCAGUGCGCAAGCGCCCGCUCAUCAUCUUCAACGCGCGGGUGCCCAUCAUCAAGGCAGAGAGCUCCGAGGGUGUGCGCCUGGAUGUGUGCCUGAACAGCGACGAGGGGCCCAAGGCGGCGGCGUGGCUGGUGGCGCGGUGCGGCGAGCUGCCAGUGCUGCGCCCGCUGUGCCUGGCGGCCAAGGCCCUACUGGCGGAGCAGCGGCUGGCGGAUGCGGCCACCGGCGGGCUCAGCACCUGGGCGCUGUGCUCCAUGGUACUGGCGCUGCUGCUGGAGCAGCGCAAGGCGGGGCUGAAGGUCACCAAUGCCGGCCACCUUCUCCUCGGCUUCCUCAAGUACUACGGCCGCGUGUUCGACCUGGAGGACAAGGCCGUCUCCAUCAAGCAGGGCGGCGUGGUGAGCAAGGCGGACGUUGCCGCCGCCGCCGCGGCCGCGGCCGCCGCCGCCGCCGCACGGCACAAGGCGCGCGGCGAGGGCGGCGGGCCCGCGCCGCUGCCGCGCCUGGCUGUGCGGCUGUGCGUGGAGGACCCGCUGACGGGGCGUGACGUGGCGGCGGGCACGCACCGCAUCAACCAGGUGCGCGCCGCCUUCAGCGACGCCGCUUCCAAGCUGGAGCUGCUGCUGAAGCAGGCGGAGCCGCCUCCAGGAGGCUUCCUCCCUUUCCUGUUUGACGUCGGCGCCGCCCUGCGGCGCAAGGGCAGCGGCGGCGGCGCCGGCAGCGGCGCCCCGGGCCGCGGCGGCGAGGGCGAGCCGCUGCGCGGCGACAAGCGCAAGCGCGAGGGCGGCGGCGGGCCGGCGGGCGGCGGCACGCCCCGCGCCAAGCCCAUGCACGGCCCGCCGCCGGGCCCGGCCUUUGCCGCAGCCUACGGCGGGCCCGGCGGCCCCGGCCCCGGCCCCGGCGUUGACCCCAGGGAUCGGCCGAUGAUGGUGCGCAGACGCGCGCUGCCGCCCCGCGACCGCGACCCUCUCGUCGGCCCCGGGCAGGGGCCGCCUGGGCCGGGGCGCGGGCCCCCACCCGCCGCCGCCACACGUGGAGGAGGAGGAGGAGGCCCCUGGCUGGAGGAGCCUGGCUGGGGCCGGCCUGGCCCUGCCCCCAGAGGCGGCCGGUUCGAGGGCCCUCCCGGCGCCGCCGACGACUUCCGGCGCGGCGGCGGCGGCGGCAUGGGGCGGCCGCCGCCGCAGGCAGACUUCCCUCCCGGCCCCGGCGGCUACGACCCCCGGCGGCCGCCCGGCAUGCCGCUGCAGGGCGGCGGCGGCGGCGGCAAUGGAAUGAUGCAGGGCCAGGGCGGCGGCGGCAUGGCCAUGGGCGGCGGCGGCAUGCAGCAUGGGCCAGGCAUGAUGCAGCCCGGCGGCGGUGGCGGCGGUGGGAUGAUGCUGGCCGGCCAGCCCAUGCACGGCCAGGGCGUGCAGCCGAUGCAGAGCGCGCAGCAGGGGGCGCAGCAGCAGCUGCUGGCACUGCAGCAGCUUGCCGCGCUGCAGGGCGGCAUGGCGCUGGCGGCGGCGGCGGCGGCGGCGCAGCAGCAGCAGCCGCUGAUGCAGGCGCGGCAGGGGGGGCAGGUGAUGCUGCAGAACGGGAUGGUGGUAGACCAGCAGGCCCUGAUGCUCGCACAGCAGCAGAUGCUGUUGCUGGCGCAGCAGCAGCAGGCGGCCCAGGCGCAGCAGCAGAUGCAGCAGCAGCAGAUGCAACAGAUGCAGCAGCAGCAGCAGCAGCAGCAGCUGCCGGACAACCCCAACAACAUCCCCAUUGGCGCGGCCGCCGGCGCAGUACAGCCGCAGUACGGGCAAGGCAUGAUGCAGCCGCAGCAGCAGGGCGGCGGCGUGAUGCAGGGAGGCAUGAUGCAGGAGGCGCCGCAGCAGCAGGGCGGCGGCGUGAUGCAGGGAGGCAUGAUGCAGCACGCGCCGCAGCAGCAGGGGCCUGGGAUGAUGGGCGGCAUGAUGCAGCCGCAGCAGCCCGGCAUGGGCCAGUAUGGCGGCGGCUACUGA